GGCUGCGGCUGGGGGUCCCAGCUCCGGGCUGCCGCCGGCGGCUCCUCCUCUAACGCCGGCCCGGCACUGACCCAUUCGCCCGCCGGCUCCUGCAGGGCCCGACCCGGCACUGACCUGCCCGCCUGCUCCUGCAGGGCCCGGCCCGGCCCGGCCCCGAGCCGCCCGCGCCCCUCCAGCAUGGAGCUGUUGGGCGCCAACCUGUCCGCGCUGCCCCGCCCGCAGGAGUACGACUUCGAGCGGCACUUCGACGAGCUGCAGGCGAUCCAGUGGAUGCGGGAGAACUGGCGUAAAUCUUUCUCGUUCGCCUUGGCUUAUGUGCUGCUGAUCUUCGGAGGCCAGCAUGUCAUGAAGCAGCGGAGAGGAUACGACCUGCGCAAGCCACUGGUCCUGUGGUCACUCAGCCUGGCCUUGUUCAGUAUCAUCGGCACCCUGAGGACAUGGGGUUACAUGGGAUUCGUCCUCUCCACCAGUGGAUUUAAGCAAUCUGUAUGUGAUCCAGGCUUCUAUAAUGGCCCUGUCAGCAAGUUCUGGGCAUAUAUGUUUGUCCUAAGCAAAGUACCAGAAUUGGGUGACACAGUGUUCAUCGUUCUCCGGAAGCAACGGCUCAUCUUCCUGCACUGGUACCACCAUGUCACAGUGCUGCUCUACACCUGGUACGCCUAUAAGGACAUGGUAGCCGGUGGCGGCUGGUUCAUGACCAUGAAUUACAGUGUCCACGCCUUCAUGUACUCCUACUACACAGUGCGGGCGGCAGGCUUGAGGGUGCCACGCCCAUUUGCCAUGGUGAUUACCUUUACCCAGAUCCUGCAGAUGGUGAUGGGCACAGCAGUGAGCAUCAUGGCAUACUCCUGGAUGCAGGAUGGCAUCUGCUCCACCUCCUGGGAACAGAUCUUCUGGUCGUCCAUAAUGUAUCUCAGCUACCUAGUGCUCUUCUGCCACUUCUUCCAUGAGGCGUACCUUAAGGGGAGGGGCAAAACAAAAGGGGACUAAAACUGGGGGAGGGGUGCAGCUGGGGGUUGCUGGGACUCUUACUCCCUAGGCUGUUGGUGCUCUGGC